AUGAUAAGCGUUUGCCACUGGUUUGUGUUCAGGAGCCCCAGUCUGCUGCAGGCCCUGGAGGAGAACUACGAGCUGGACCUGAUCUACAUCACAGAGAGGAUCAUCUCCGUUUCGUUCCCCGGCAGCGUGGAGGAGCAGAGUUAUUCUGCCAACCUGCGGGAGGUGGCCUCCAUGCUGCGCUCCAAACACGGCCACAACUAUCUGCUCUUCAACCUAAGUGAGAAGCGUUUUGACAUAAGCCAGCUCAAUCCAAAGGUGUUGGACUUUGGCUGGCCUGACCACCACGCCCCUGCCCUGGACAAAAUCUGCAGCAUCUGCAAGGCCAUGGACACCUGGCUCAGCGCGGACACUCACAACGUGGUGGUGAUACACAACAAGGGCAACCGUGGCAGAACCGGAGUGGUGGUGGCAGCCUACAUGCACUACAGCAACAUAUCUGCCAGUGCUGACCAGGCUCUGGACAGGUUUGCCAUGAAGCGAUUCUAUGAAGACAAAGUGCUUCCUGUGGGCCAGCCGUCCCAGAAAAGGUAUGUGGAGUACUUCAGCGGCCUACUGUCUGGACACAUCAAGAUCAACAACAAACCUCUGUUCCUUCAUCACGUCAUCAUGCACGGCAUCCCCAACUUUGAGUCCAAGGGAGGUUGUCGCCCCUUUCUCAAAAUCUACCAGGCCAUGCAGCCCGUCUACACAUCUGGGAUCUAUAAUGUUCAAGGCGACAGCCAGACAAGCAUUUGCAUCACCAUCGAGCCCGGUCUUCUCCUGAAAGGAGACAUCCUGCUCAAGUGCUAUCACAAACGGUACCGCAGCCCGUGCAGAGAUGUGAUGUUCAGGGUGCAGUUCCACACCUGCGCAGUUCACGACCUGGGGAUCGUUUUCGGGAAAGACGAGCUUGACGAGACAUUCAAAGAUGACAGGUUUCCAGAAUAUGGGAAAGUGGAGUUCAUUUUCUCCUUUGGACCAGAGAAAAUACAUGAUAUGGACCACCUGGAGAACGGGCCGAGCGUCUCGGUGGACUACAACACCCAAGAUCCCCUGAUCCGCUGGGACUCUUACGAAAACUUCAACAAAAUCUGCGAAGAUACCGCGGACGGUGAGAACAAUGGAUGA